UCCACCGUAGCGCCGCCAAGCAGCAGCGGCACUCGCUCCGGUGCAGACGCCCAGCUGCCGGCGCGCCUCUCCGCCACCCUAGCGCCUCUGUUCCCUGUCCUGCGCUCCUGCAAAACUCCUUGGACCCCAGCCCGUGCAGCUGCUCCCAGCGCCCACCGACCCGACGUUCCGCAGCCACCCUCGAUUCGGCCCCGGCUCCUGGACAGCCGAUCUCUCACCUGGCUUGGCCCUGGGGACGGGGUGCCUUCAUGCGGCCCCCACACUCUUCACCCCGCCGCCGCCGCCCCCGAGCUCUGUGCGCUGCGCCCCAGCCCCAGCAGGGCGCGCAACUUUGGAAGUCCCGUGGCGCUCCAAGAGGCUGCGGAGUCCGCGCCCUCGCCCCGGGUCGGGCCCAGCCCGCACCACCUCACUGAAGGGAGCGAUUCGAUUCCAAGAUAUAAGGAGACGGACCUCGGACCCUGAGCUCGCAUCGACACCCCUCCGCAGCCUCUUGGGGUAAGCCCUUUUGCUUUCGCUCAGGCUCAAGACUCAAGGUAUAGACGUUUAUUUAAAUAAAUUUGUAUAAGCUCCCGACAGCCUUCCACAUCAUCGGAUGGUUUUUGCUCCCUCUUCUUGAAGAAUAAAUCUCUCUCUAACCACCAGCUGGCCCUACUCUUUCCUGUCGCUUAGAAAUAAAACUUGGCUGUGUUUAGGAGAGAGAGAGAGGGAGGGAGAGAGAGAGAGAAAGAGAGCCCACUCGGGAGCGUCUGAAGCGCGGGCCGGUGCCAGUGGGCCGGAGCCCAGCCCAUGGGACAGUAGCGGUCCCUCUAGCUUGGACUUGGACUCCCUGCGACCCCCUCCUAUGUGAGACGCCGCAGGGCGAGCGGGACGCGGGAGGAAGAGGAGGACCCACGGACGCGGGGCCGGAAGGCAGCUGGCAGCAGGCCCGAGAGCACGGGCGCUCGCGUUCAUGUUCCGCCAGGAGCAGCCGCUGGCCGAGGGCAGCUUUGCGCCCAUGGGCUCCCUGCAGCCGGACGCCGGCAACACUAGCUGGAACGGGACCGAGGCUCCUGGGGGCGGCAGCUGGGCCACCCCUUACUCCCUGCAGGUGACGCUGACGCUGGUGUGCCUGGCUGGCCUGCUCAUGUUGCUCACGGUGUUCGGCAACGUGCUGGUCAUCAUCGCCGUGUUUACCAGCCGCGCGCUCAAAGCGCCCCAAAACCUCUUCCUCGUGUCCCUGGCUUCGGCGGACAUCCUGGUGGCCACACUGGUCAUUCCAUUCUCUCUGGCCAAUGAGGUGAUGGGCUACUGGUACUUUGGCAAGGUGUGGUGCGAGAUCUACCUGGCGCUCGACGUGCUCUUUUGCACGUCGUCCAUCGUGCACCUGUGCGCCAUCAGCUUGGACCGCUACUGGUCCAUCACGCAGGCCAUCGAGUACAACCUGAAGCGUACGCCGCGCCGCAUCAAGGCCAUCAUCGUCACGGUGUGGGUCAUCUCGGCCGUCAUCUCCUUUCCGCCGCUCAUCUCCAUCGAGAAGAAGGGCGCCGGCGACGGGCAGCAGCCAGCCGAGCCGAGCUGCAAGAUCAACGACCAGAAGUGGUACGUCAUCUCCUCGUGCAUCUGCUCCUUCUUCGCGCCCUGCCUCAUCAUGAUCCUGGUCUACGUGCGCAUCUACCAGAUCGCCAAGCGUCGCACCCGCGUUCCGCCCAGUCGCCGGGGUCCCGAGGCCAACGCCGCCACCGGGCCGCCUGGGAGCGCAGAGCGUAGACCCAACGGCCUGGGCCCGGAGCGGGGCGCAGGCACCGUGGGCGACGGCGCCGAGGCGGAGCCUCUGCCCACUCAACUGAACGGUGCCCCCGGGGAGCCUUCGCCUGCCGGACCACGCGAGGCGGACGCGCUGGACCUGGAGGAGAGUUCGUCGUCCGAGCACGCCGAGCGCCCCCCGGGGCCCCGCAGACCCGAGCGCGCCCCCAGGGCCAAGGGCAAAACCCGGGCGAGCCAGGUGAAGCCCGGAGACAGCUUGCCGCGGCGCGGGCCCGGGGCGUCUGGGCCCGGGGUGUCGGGGUCCGGGCCUGGGGAGGAGCGCGGCGGGGUGGCCAAGGCGUCGCGCUGGCGCGGGCGGCAGAACCGAGAGAAGCGCUUCACGUUCGUGCUGGCCGUGGUCAUCGGCGUGUUCGUGGUGUGCUGGUUCCCCUUCUUCUUCACCUACACGCUCAUGGCCGUCGGCUGCUUCGUGCCUCCCAAGCUCUUCAACUUCUUCUUCUGGUUCGGCUACUGCAACAGCUCGCUGAACCCGGUCAUCUACACCAUCUUCAACCACGACUUCCGCCGCGCCUUCAAGAAGAUCCUCUGCCGCGGGGACAGAAAGCGCAUCGUGUGAGCGCGCCGCCUUCAGAGCCCGGUUCACACGCUCGCGCAGUGCAGCGCAGGCCUGGGGACAUGAGGGGCGCGUGAACGAAAGCAGACCCCCCUACACUGCAACCCAGAACCCGACUGCUCCGCGUUUCCUGGCUUGGGUGGGUGGGGUGCUCUAUGGCCUCCCCAGGGCACCUUCUGUUCCUACAAGGGAAACGAGCUGGCUGGAACGGCCGGCCACACACACACACACACACACACACACACACACACCCUUAAUCGUUAUUUGUGGCUGCUAUAAACCCACAGCCAAAUUUUUUCCUGGUGGGCCACCUAUAAUCAGUAUUGUUUCCUAAAGAUAGUUUAAUUCUCCCCAGCCCCACCCCGCUUUCCAGCUCUCUCAGCUCUUCAGAGCAAGCACAGUACUAUAGAGGGCAUGGCUCCCAAAGAGUUAAUGGAUAGAGGUUGCCUAACCCUGGCUAAUUCCCCCUCUCCUCACUUACAAAAGACAAAAUCACUCAGGGCAGACCCUGCCCACCCUCCUCCUCUCCACUCCCUCUGUAAAUAGACUCUAUUUUGAUAGCACACUUUGGGGUCCUCAAUGAUGGCCUUGGUGUGGUGUUGGGAUCCUGGCUGUGGACAUACGUGCCCUACAGGGAGACACCGUGCCUGGCUCAGACCAGGCUCCUCCGCAAUGCAAGCCCUCUUUUGUAGUGUUAUUAUGCCCCACGUUCUCCUUUUCACCAGUAAAUGGUGACUGUCCCUUGGACAUGGACCUGCUUUGAGAUUUCAUGGCAGGCAACAGAUUUCUGUCCAUUUUUCCCCCCUGUGCCUAACAGCAUAAUUGCCUUUUCCUAUGUAAAUAUUAUAGUGACGGACCAAGACAGAAGGAAAUGAACCUUUCCGCCUUGCAUCAGCCCUGUGUAUAAAGCCAUUAUCCUCUGAGGCACUGUUUGCCCCAGUAACUCACUUUAAAACUGACUUUCUGGUGCCCCUCCCUCCUCUGGGGCCACUGCUUGAGGAAGACUCUGUCUGUUUCUAUCCUGUGUGUGGGUGUGGGUCUCUCCUUCCCUGAAAGUGCUGACUAAGGGGAAAUCUAGCUGCUGUUUGUAGGCACAGAGGAGUGGAAAUUAUGUGGAAGGAGCAAACCUGAUACGAUUUGCCCAAGGUAAACAGUUUGAAAGACAAAUGGGCCUGCCACAAUGUACAGUUCCAGCCCCAAGAGCUCUUAGGUAUCAAACUAUUGCCCUUCCCCCCUACUUUUCUGGCUGAGAUCACAUCACUUAAUGAGCUGCCAAAGGCAGGGAGGAGGCAGAGACUUCGUGUUUACAACCUGGGUUCUACAUGUUUGAGAUGGACAAGGGAAGGCCUCUGUGUUGGUUUCACUACAGAAAAACUCGUGUUGGCACAAGUUGCUCAUGACGGUGGAUUUUUUUAAAAAAAUAAAUAAAAAGUUUACAGAUCAAAUGUGAAAUAAAUAUGAAUUAAGUGGU